UCGGUGUUCGCAACGAAUAUGACGAAUAGUCCGCUUGCUCGCAAGCGUGAACCGUCGCCGUCGCCGUCGCCGCUGUCAUCGCCGUUGUUGUUAUCGUCGUCGUCGUCGUCGCUGUUGUCGUUGUUGUUGCCGUUGGUGUUGUUGCCCGUCGCCAGCAGCAUUGCCGUCCCCUUGGCAGUCGGCCGAAAUGCUCACUAAGAGCCGAUGAAACCAUCGACGGUGGCACAGUAAUGCAACAGCACCAGCAGCACCAGCAGCAGAAGCAGCAGCAGCAGCAGCACGCUACGAUCAGGACGCACCAGCAGCAGGAUCAUCCGGGACAUGUGCCGCUGUGUAUCGUGCACGGGCGCACCGUUGUGUAGUGUGUAGAUGUGAUCCGUGCAGAACCGGACUGGAGUGUUUGGUAUGCGAGUCGCGCCACCCGCGGGUGCUUUGCCGCAGUGACAGUGCAGUCGCCCGGGUCCUUGCGCUUUAUAGUUUUGUUUUGUUUAUUUUUUUAAAUUAUUUUUUUGCGCCUCGGGCUUCUCUCGGUCCGCUCUGCAGCGCAUAGUAGACAGACGGCAGUGAAAACAUUCUCGGAAACGCGCGGAGUAGACGCAGCUUCCCGAAGGGAAAAACGCUCGACGGCGUCCCAUUUGCGUGCAUCGCUAAAAACAAACGGUUUCCGUCCUGCCGGUGUCCGGUCCGGGUCCGGCCAUGCUCUAGAGGUGUGUUUCGUGCGCAGGUGUGUUUAUUCAAACGGCAAAGAAGAAGAAGAAGAAGAAGAAGAAACCAUGUAGCCCCCCGAACUGAGCGUCUCCAGUCUGGUCAGGUGAAUAAUAGAAAAACGCAAAAAACAGUGUGUAAAACGGGCGGUACUUAAGGGCAGUGCGAAUCUAGGUGAACCAGGUGCGUCUCCACCUCGUCCUCCGUGGUGUUUGCGCCUAGGAGUGCAUAGGGAUAAAUUUAAACCAGAAAAAACCCCAUUGUGUGCCCUUCCGUGCGACGGUGUAAGACAUUGAAAGCCUUUUACUGGCCAGAUUUAUUUAUUUUUUUAAAUUUGAUUUACACUGUAGUUAGAGAAAGGUACGCGCACUAGCAAAUGCCGUUCUACUAAAGCUAAGAGUAACUACUACUAAUCGAGAGUAACUCGUGUGUGUGCGGGCGCGCGUGCUUGGUGCGAAAGUGAAAAAAGCGGCCUUUUUGCAAAGGGGAAAGGAGGGGGUGUAACGCAUUGCCGCACACGCGCCACGGUCCCGGGAAAGCUUGGAGUGCGCGCACGAACCACCGCCGGUACCGGCACGGUGACGCCCCGGGGGGAGGCGCAACGCAGCGGGCGGAUUAUGGACAGUAGUAUGGUCGAGGAGAACGGUUCCUCGGCGAUAGGCGAUCCGCUCGGUGGUGGUACCGGUCCGAACGCAACCGGUUCGACGGUCGGUGAGGCGGUGGUAACCGUCGGCGGCGGCGGCGGUGGUGGUGGUGGUGGUCGUGGCCCCCCAUCCGGUGUAGGAACGCAGCACCAAAGCGAGCUAAUCAGUACCUCCAACAACGGCAGCGCCGACAGCAGCACGGCAGUAACGGUGGCAGCCUCUACCGGAGAAGGUGGUGGAGGGGGCGGAGGAGGAGGAGGCGGAGGUGGUGGUGGAGGAGGAGGCGGUGUGAAGGGAGUGACCGGUUUGGUAGCAGGCAGUGCACCGGGCGGCCUGGGAGCGCUCGGGUCCGGGUCGGCCAACAACAGCUCGGUACCGGUCGGUGGUGCGGCCGGUCCGGAGGUAACGCUAGUGCCGGCGGCGGCCGCCGCAGUCACCGCGUCCGGUACCAACAUCGUCCAGCUGCUGUCAACCCAAUCGCCCGGCCAGGCGCAGUCCGUCAUACAGCAGAACCAGCAGUCGGUCAUACAGACGGCAACAGGGAACGUGCCGCUCGCGCGCAGCGUACUAUUAGUGUGUAACAAACCAAACUCCGUGAUCCACACGACGACGGGCAAUUUGCAAACCAUACACAUCAAACCCGAACCGCACAUCGUCACCGGUUCCGGCAGCAUUAUGACCGACACUAACAGCGACGACACGCUGUCGGACGAGGAGGCGUCCCCAAAGAAGCGGAGGGACCUGCUGACCCGGCGCCCAUCCUAUCGUAAGAUAUUGAGCGAUCUCGGCGGAGCGGAAAUCGCCAACACCCCGAGCGAUGGUUCCGGCCUGCACACGAUAGCGACACCUGGUGGUGGUGUGGUGCAAUAUUCCCAGCCGGAGGGCAUUUACGUACCUCAUAUUUUUCCCAACACAGUCAUGGGCGGCAACGUGCAGCUGGAGGAUCAGUCGCGCAAGCGCGAGAUGCGGUUGCAGAAAAACCGGGAAGCGGCCCGGGAGUGCCGCCGGAAGAAGAAGGAGUACAUCAAGUGCCUAGAGAACCGGGUGGCGGUGCUGGAGAACCAAAACAAGGCCCUGAUCGAGGAGCUCAAGUCGCUGAAGGAGCUGUACUGUCAGCAGAAGAGCGACUAGAGCACGGCAGCAGCAGAAGCAGCGGGCGGUUAAACCACACACGACACCACGGAUCGCGGUGCGCGCGUCACCGGAGGGAAGGGAAAAGGGGGAGUGGGGAACGCAACUAGCAAAACCAGUACCACCUUCUCCCUACUCCCUAGUGUGCUGCUUUUGGGCCAACCGUACCAAGGGCAGCCAGCUCUACCGCAAGGUGAGCUGUAACGUUCAUCAAGCGGCGAUCGUGUAACGUUACAGGGGAGCGGUAACGCAUAACGGAUGAGCCGAGGUGAAGAUUUCAACAGCCGAUAACAGCGCUUAGUGUGGACACCACAUGUAUCGGGCGCAGGAAUUAGGGAACUCGUUUUUUUUUAUUUUUUUUUUGUGGUGGGAACUCACCUCAUGUAUUAUAUUUUCGGCUCGUUUUCGAAGAAAAAAGAGCUUCCCCCUACCGAGAGGGGAAGCUACCAUAUUGUAGAUAUUGUGUAACGGUAAGCGGGCACUACAGUUUCUUGGUUACAUUUUGACUGUCACACACUCACACACACUAUGACUAUCACGCUGUGUACUCUCUUUGUAACACAAACCAGGGAAGAGCUGCGUAACGCGUAACGUAAUUGUGCUGCGUAAAGCGCGCAACGCAGAGCCACACAUACACACCUAUUGUUAGGGGCUCGUUUCUACUUACGGAAACGACAACUCACACACACACACACACCCACACCCACCAUCGCCUUUUGUUGGCUGGGAUAUUUGCUUACGUUUUGCCCUACGGCUCUCGGAGCUGCCUGCCAACUUACAUAUUUGGGUUUUUUUUGUAAUGGUGUGUGAUUUUCUCGCUUUGUAAUGCCAUCUUACAUAGAAGACAGAUAGAGAGAGAGCGAGAGAGCGAGAUUGCGAUUGGUAUUGUGACAAUAGCCGGCAUCGCGAAUAAAUGUACUCUUUUUAACAGUCGUUUAAAGUUCA